UGUGCGCGCUCUCUCUCUCUCAAGAAUAAAUAAACAUUAAAAAUAUUUUUUUAAAUGCCAAAUGGAUUUUUGAGACAUAAAUAUACAUUUGUUUCUUACAUAAACAUUGACUGAAAACCUCAUGUUGAAGAUCAUGUGCAUUGUUUGAAGUUUGCAUAUUAACAAUCUCUGCCUAUGUUCCCAGGCAAACACGAACUGGGGAGGGUUCGCAGGGUGUGCUUACUUAAUACAGUCUCUUCUUCCGGCCUGCAGAACACCUCACUUCCUCCCAAGGCAGGCGGCACCAAGCCCAUCCAGUUGCUAGUCCUUCUAUGGCAGCCCAGAGUUCUGUGUCACCAUUUGAUGUCCAGUGGUCUCACUGGGUCUGGUGACUACGAACUAAAAGUUAUCUUCCAUCCCUCUCUCCUUCAAGGACAGUUGGGACAGGAGGAAGGAGGCAGGAUAAUCCAAAUAAGUUUUCCCAUUUGGACAAGGAGAGGAUGAGGAAGACACAUAGCAAUGUCUUGGCUCACCUCUCUCCAGACUGGGAAUUUGUCUGAGACUCUGUUGUGCUUAGAUGGGGCCUGUUGCGCGAUAGACUUCAUUUUAGGUUGAGCGGUUAGGGGGUGGGACCUCCUAAAUGCCAUCCACCAUCCCUUAUGUCAGAUCUCAAUCCAGAACCCUCCAGGGUGGUGGAGGGCAGAGGGGUUCUACUUUCUCUGCAGCCUUCCGAAGUGUAUACUCUUGUCUACACUUUGUUUCAUUUCCUCCAUCUUAGUUCUUCAGUCUACUUUGUUAUCCAGAAAUUUGUUAAAAUCUCACAUCCAUGGAUGGUCCCAGUCCCCUACUAUUUCUGCCUAAAAGGCCAUGGUUUUAUUCCUUACUGUGCUUAAUGACAUUCAUUUCAGUGGGAUAUUGAGGUCAAAAGGCAUGCGCUCUGUCUGCUUUUACCAACAGGAAGUUUUCAGUUUUGAGAGACUGAGUUGAUCUUACAUUAGAAGCAGGCUGUUGCAACCCUUUGUUGUUCUGUGUUGGGGGCGAAGGAUAAAAAUGGUUGCUCUUGACUGAUGACACCUGUGAAUUCCGGGCUUCUGCUCUUGACAUUAAGAAGGGCAAGAGCUGACGAGUGACCCUAGGAAGGGCCUGUGUUUGGCUGGAGUUGGCUGGUGGAGGAGAUGAGACUGGGCAGGGGACCAAGGAAGAGUCAGGAGAGAGGUGUGCUACCAGAUCCUGAAAGAACAAGUUUUUGAGAAAAAAGAAACACAGCUUUUCAAGUAGAUCAAGUCGAAUGAGUAGUAGACAAGGUUUUACCUUGCCACCAUUGUUUCCCACAAUGGUCCAAAAAUCCUUUCAUGGAAGAUGGUAUCUCAGAAGGUGAUGGGGCCUAAAUUUUUCUGAACUGCAAACUUGUAUACGUAUAUACAAAUAUAAAAGCUUUAUACGUGGCCCAUUUAAUGGAUUUUGUUAAACUCUUAUAAUAUUUAUUAGCUUCUAUUAUCUUAUGAAAUAACCAGUACUGUGUGUGUUUAUAACCUAUUUCUUUAAGCAUUACCAGAAAGUCUCUGGCUUCUGUACCAAAAAGUAGUUGCUGCCCUGUUAAGCUACACGUGACUGAAAACCAAAAAUGAUAGUGGCUUAAACAAGACAGAAGUAUAGAUACACUUCUUCCUCACACAAAAGAAGUCUGGAGGUGGGCAUUCCAGCAGCUUCACAGUGUCAAGGAUUCAGGUUUCUUCUCAUCUUGCUGUUUACCAUCAUGAGUCGGGUGACUUCCACCCCUGGUACAGGAUGGCUGCUGGAAUUGCAGCCAUCACAUUCGUAUUCCAAGAGGAAGAAGGGAAGAAGUCCUUUCCUGUAAGGACUCUUUCUAGGAAAUGCACUAUUUCUGCAUCUAUCCCAUUGGCCAGAACUCUCACAUGUCCUUGUCUGGCUGCAAGGGAAGCUGGGAAAUGCUCCCUCUUGGUGGUUGUGUGCUUGACUAAACCUUGGGGUUCCUAUUACGAUGGAAGGAAAGGAGAAUGGAUGUUGGGACAAACGGAGAACUGUGAGCACUUCCAUGGGCCUGAAGAUGCCUAUGAAAAAUUGGCAGGCAUUCUACAUAGCAGCGAAGAAGCAAAGCUGUGGGAAGACGAAGGUAGAGAGUAGAAAAGUCCAGUGUUGGUGGCUCAGGGUCUCCUCUGGUGGUGGUAGACAGCCGAGUCACUGACAGCCAGGCAAGGAGAAAAGAGGGGCUGUUUCACAGGUGUGGGAAUGGGAAAGAAGGGCCAGGGGAUCAAGCACAAGGAGCUGCCUGCUGCUUAGUGGGAGAACCGUCCAGGCACGGGCCUUGGGGAUCUAUUGGUGAGUGGUCCAUAAAUGUCUGGCAAACAAGAGUAAUAUCCAGAAAACUCCCUGCAUCCCAGUAGUUCCCAACUAUGUCCAGCAACAUUUUUCUAAAGGUAGAGAAAAAAAACAGGCUCUCAGUUUCAUACCCCUCCUCUAAUUUAUAUCUUGUGAUCUCUCUAUAGGGCAGAGCAGUAAAUGUUACCUAAAAUGACAAUCUUCUUGUUCUUUUUUUAAGUUAUCUCUAUCCUCAAUGUGAGGCUUGACUUCACGACCCCAGAUCAAGAGUUGCAUGCUCUACCGACUGAGCCAGCCAGGUGUCCCUAAAAUGAUGAUCUUAAUUCUUACGAAAUUGUACCUGUUCAAGAUAGCCAGCGGUGGUGCUGCUUUAACAAGAUGGUUUCAGAUAAAAAUGAUUAUUGCACAUGUAGCCUCUUUCCACCAUGGCAGCGGAAAUGUAUGUUCCCUAGAUGUUGGAACAGUCAAUUGCUGGAAAUCCUGGCAGGGCUGUCUUGCUACCUGAAGGGCCUAACAAGCAUGCCAUGGUUAGGGUCUUAGUGCGACAAGGCAGUUUUCUUUGGAGAAAUGAAUCAGUUACUAAUAAGUUCAGUCUUCAAAAUAAUAAUGGUCUUCUAAAUAAGAGGUCAUUGGUGGAAAAAUAAUCAGUUGAGAAGGGGUCCCAUUAUGUCGCAUGUGUAAGCAGGCUCAGGGGGACUGACGAGCCAGCCUGCAUUCUGAUUGCCUGUAGCCAGUUUUUUCCAGGGGCUUACCUCCGAAGGCAUAAAUCAUGAAUCUUUUCUGUUCCCUUCCACUGUAGGUGUAUAGUGUCCCAUCCUACUUUGAGUAUGAGGGUAGUCGUAGAAGCCCAAGGACCUUCUUCCCUGGCUAGUUUAAAUAGAAUCUCCCACUACAAUCUGCUCUGUGCCGUGUUGAGACUGAUGUCUGUCAUCUCCUAUAGUGUUGGGCGAACAAGAGCCACAUGGGCUUUGUUUUCUUACAGGGAUGUCAGCCAGACUCUGUUUUCCAGAACAGUUGCCAUUUCUAUCUUCUGUCUGUUCCAUAGAGUUCUCUGUACAGAGAAUUUUCAGUUUUCACAUAGUGGUCUGCUGAAAACACGCCAUGGCAGAGUAGCUAUUUUGAGCACUUCUGACAAAGGGCCAUUUCUUGCAGAGAUAUCCGCCUUUCCUAGAGGCUUUUUAUCAGACAGGUGGCAUCUCAUCGUUCUGCUUGAGGGUCCUGCUUGAGUCCUAGGAGAAAUGGUUAGACAUCCUGUUUCCUGGAUCUCAGGAAGAAUUAUCUGGAGUGUUGGGUUUGGCAUUCUAACACGACUCUUACAUUUCUCAUUGGUCUUAAGGUAUCUAAAAUAGGAGCUCUCUGUCUUCUCUGCACUGGGCACAGCUCUCCUGCCACAGCCCCUCGUCCCCUGAAAAUGUACACCUGGGCAGAGUUUGUCUCCACCCCUUCUUUGUCAGGAGCACUUCUCAGCUGUUGAGCAGCGGUGUUAAAACCACUGAAAGGUGAGAGCCUUAGCAGCUUUGGCAGUCCCAUGCCUUACUUAUUCCCAGGCACAGCUUCCAAACCAGUGCCAUUUCAAGGGACGUCCACACAGCAGCCAAGUUCAUUGGGGCUGGGGCUGCCGCGGGAGGGGUGGCUGGCUCUGGGGCUGGAAUUGGGACAGUGUUUGGUACUUCUAUCGUUGGUUAUCAGGAACCCUUCUCUGAAGCAACAACUCUUCUUCUGUGUCGUCCUGGGCUUUGCCUUCUUGGAGGCCAUGGGGCUCUUUUUCCUGAUGGUGGGCUUUCUCACCUCCUUUGCCAUGUGAAGUAGCCGUCUCCACCUCCCAUAGAUCUUUCUCCUGAGUCUCAUCUGCCCUGUAUGUUCCUUUUCCUAUACCUCCCCAGGCAGCCUGUGGAAAGUGGUUGGCUCAGGGUUUGACAGAAGAAAGACAAAUAAAUACUGUAUUAAUAAGA